AUGACAAAUGAGAUUACAACUAGCUGUGAGAUAGAUUAUGAUUGCGAAGAUUUUAACAGUUCAAAGCGUCCGAAAAUGACAUCUAAAGUAUGGGAAGAAAUGCAGCGCAUUCAAACAACCGAAGGUAGUAAAGUUCUAUGUAAAUACUGUGGAAAGCUGUUGCAAGAUAAUUGUGGAACUUCUCACUUGAAGCGACAUUUAGUCAUAUGCCCCAAGCGACCAAAACCCGUCGGUGUUACUCAAGAUUCGAUGUAUCCGGUAUAUCUUAGUGGUACCAAUAGUGCCAAAGAUUCUGGAUUCAGCAAAGCGCUUAUGGUACGUCCAUUAAAAGUCGAACCUCAAUCGCAGGUCAUAUGUUUCUCUCCUACUCCAAAUUAUGGAACUGGAGCUGUUACCAUUGCAUCCAUUGAUAAUGCUUCCAAUUCCAUUGUGGAACUAAAUCAUAGAAACAGUUCCACUUUGUUAAUGCCUAGCCUUGAUUCUUCUCAAAAUCAAGAGGAACUAUCUCUUGAUGACGCCGAAAUGAAAGCAUUUUAUGCAUCUCUCGAUGUUGAGACCUCAUUUAAGUCACCUGCCCAAGAUACCACGGUCAUCACCAGAUCAUCCAACACUACUACGCCUUGUGAAGAGACAAGCAAAGCAUUGAAAACACUGCAAGACCUUCUCUCCAAAGAGUUCUCUGUUCUACUGCAGGCCAAACAGUGCUGUGCCAUGAAAUCUACGAUAGAAUACCUUUCCAAUAUGUCAUCCGUCAAGGGAAUCUCGUCCGAAAUGAAGUUGUUGAUAUUGGAAGUUUCUAGAGAAUUCACUCGGUGGAGUUGUGACUACAACGACGCUAGUAAGAAGAUAGAGUCAGCAAGCUCCAACAUCGCAAAAGCAGAUAAACUCGAAGAAAGUCUUGAAGCAAACAAGAACGAGUUCAAGGAAGUUUUGUCUUUGGAAAAUGAGUUAUGCAACCAGCUAGCAACUUUGGAGCAAAGAAAGAAAGAGCUAGAAGAUCAGAUAAAUGCGAUAAAAGCUAACAUAUCCGUGUUUCAAUCGGCUAAGUUCACGGCUGCAAAGAGAAAAAGAGAAGUUUUUGAAGAAGCAAAAGCUCUCAAAGCCCAAAGAGAUGAGUUGAAGGAGCAAGUUCCACAGUUGAAAGAUGAGAGGGAAAUGGCCAAGAAAAUCCAAGAAAACAUUCAAGUUGAAUGGUUAAAGCUUGGAGAAAAAUUUAACAAAAGCUUAAAUGGGGUAAAUUCUGAAGACAUGGAUGGUAAAUCUAAAUCAUAUAUUCAAGCUUGUACAUCAGAAAAUUGCAUAUAA